UGCAGCCACCUUCUUACCUCACAGCAACAUUAUUUCUGGACAUGAAUCCUCCUGUUAGCUCUCUGCAGAUGUUGGACGAUGUUCAUCAUGAAGCACACAGAUUCAUCUCAGGAUGUAAACCUCUUACCUACCUUUGGACUUUGUUCUGUCUGAUUAACUUGCCUUCAUUGUUCUCACACAGACUGUUGCACUGGAAUAUUUUCAUUUCCAGAUCAGUUCUUGGCUUAAUAACUGUGUCUCCAGCUUCCUGUCAGUCAUUGAAACAGAGCAGCUGCAGCCUCUGAUCACAGACUUGUAUUAGAUUUACUGUUCCUUCAGUAGGGUUAGGGUUAGGGAUACUAAAGGUUGGAAAAACUCAUUUUCUAACAAACUACAACAGGAGCUGGAGCUGUGCAGCUUAAUGUAACUGAAGGAUUUGAAACACAUUUUAAGGACAUUAGAAAAAUCACUGAAUGUAUUUUCUUGUUUUUAAUGUUUUAUUUAUAUCUUUGUUUUUAUUUGAAUUGAUUUUAUUAUAAUAAUAAUAAUUAUUAUUAUUUGAUAUGUUUGUUUAAAACACAUUUCUUGAAAAUGAGACUCAGUGUCACAAUUAGAUUUAUCUAUAUGAAUAAAACUGGAAUAAAAAAUAUGAAUAAAAAUAAAUAAUCUAAAACCAAAAGUAAAAACAAUGUUUGUCAUAAGACUUCAAUAAUUUAAUAAAGACAACAUCUGUUCAAAUAUUCUACAUCUACUAAAAUAUUUUACAAUGAAGCCGAUCAAGAACAUUUAUUGAAAUGAAAUUCAAAUGUCCACAACUGAACCACUGGUCCACAAUCUGCUUCAUGUUCCUCUGGAUGUUCAGUUUAAAGUUCUUGUAAUCAGCAAGUGGAACAACUGAGCUUUUAGAGCUCUGAGAAAUCAGCCAUGUUUCAACACAGUUACCAUGACAACUCAGACUCUGCUCAGGUAGGAACUUCCCCUCUGGGGACAGCUGUCCCUGAAUGGGAAAAGACACGUAGCUUUUGGAGCAGGACACCACAUGGACCUUCGUCUUUGUCUGUUUGUUGUUCUACAGAAUGUGAGCUAAUGCUUCCUGGUUCCUCCACAGAGUGGACCAGCAGAACUCAGAGGUUCCCAGUGGUCCAUCUGCCCAGCAGCAUCAAACACAGCUGGACUCCAUAUUUAUGCUGCUGGAGGACAACAUUGUUACUUUUGUGAAGAACGAGCUGAAGAAGAUCCAGAAGGUUCUGAGUCCAGAUUACCCAGAAGGCUUAGAGAGUCAGUGGGGGGAUGAGGAGGUGUUGGAAGGUGAGGAUGAAGAAAAAAGGAGGAGCAGCAGAGAGGCUUUUGUUAAGAUCACACUGAACUUCCUGAAGAAGAUGAAGCAGGAGGAGCUGGCUGAACGUCUGCAGAGCAGGUUUUUUCCCUCAGUUUUUCAACAUAAACUUAAAUCUGAUCUGAAGAAGAGGUUCCAGUGUGUGUUUGAGGGGAUCGCUAAAGCAGGAAGUCCAACCCUUCUGAACCAGAUCUACACAGAGCUCUACAUCACAGAGGGAGGGACUGGAGAGGUCAAUGAUGAACAUGAGGUCAGACAGAUUGAAACAGCAUCCAGGAAACCACACAGACCAGAAACAACCAUCAGACAAGAAGACAUCUUUAAAGUCCCACCUGGAAGAGAUCAACCAAUCAGAACAGUGAUGACAAAGGGAGUGGCUGGCAUUGGGAAAACAGUCUUAACCCAGAAGUUCACUCUGGACUGGGCUGAAGACAAAGCCCACCAGAACAUCCAGUUAAUAUUUCCAUUCACCUUCAGAGAGCUGAAUGUGCUGAAAGAGAAAAGGUUCAGCUUUGUGGACCUUGUUCAUCACUUCUUUACUGAAACCAAAGAAAUCUGCAGCUUUGAAUCCUUCCAGGUUCUGUUCAUCUUUGAUGGUCUGGAUGAGAGUCGACUUCCUCUGGACUUCCACAACAAGGAGAUCCUGACUGAUGUUACAGAGUCCACCUCAGUGGAUGUUCUGCUGACAAACCUCAUCAGGGGGACACUGCUUCCCUCUGCUCUCCUCUGGAUAACCACACGACCUGCAGCAGCCAAUCAGAUCCCUCCUGAGUGUGUUGGCAUGGUGACAGAGGUCAGAGGGUUCACUGACCCACAGAAGGAGAAGUACUUCAGGAAGAGAUUCAGAGAUAAGAAGCAGGCCAGCAGGAUAAUCUCCCACAUGAAGACAUCAAGAAGCCUCCACAUCAUGUGCCACAUCCCAGUCUUCUGCUGGAUCACUGCUACGGUUCUGGAGGAUGUGUUGGAGACCAGAGAGGAAGGAGAGUUGCCCAACACCCUGACUGAGAUGUUCAUCCACUUCCUGGUGGUUCAGACCAAAGUGAAGAAGGUCAAGUAUGGAGGAUCUGAGACAGAUCCACACUGGAGUCCAGAGAGCAGGAAGAUGAUUGAGUCUCUGGGAAAACUGUCUUUUGAUCAGCUGCAGAAAGGAAACCUGAUAUUCUAUGAAUCAGACCUGACAGAGUGUGGUAUCGAUAUCAGAGCAGCCUCAGUUUACUCAGGAGUGUUCACACAGAUCUUUAGAGAGGAGAGAGGGCUGUACCAGGACAAGGUGUUCUGCUUCGUCCAUCUGAGUGUUCAGGAGUUUCUGGCUGCUCUUCAUGUCCAUCUGACCUUCAUCAUGGAUGGAGUUAAUCUGAUGGAUGAAGAACAAACCAUUUCUAUGUGGUCUAAGUUAUUUAACAAACCAAAUCUAACAAGUCUCCAUCAGAGAGCUGUGGACGAGGCCUUACAGAGUCCAAAUGGACACCUGGACUUGUUCCUCCGCUUCCUCCUGGGUCUUUCAGUGGAGACCAAUCAGACUCUCCUGCAAGGUCUGCUGACAAAGACAAGAAGUAGCUUACAGACCAUUGAGGGAACAGUUCAGUACAUCAAGGAGAAGAUCAAUGAGAAUCUGUCUGCAGAGAAAAGCAUCAACCUGUUCCACUGUCUGAAUGAACUGAAUGAUCGUUCUCUGGUCCAGGAGAUCCAACAGUCUCUGAGUUCAGGAAGUCUCUCCACAGAUAAACUGUCUCCUGCUCAGUGGUCAGCUCUGGUCUUCAUCUUACUGUCAUCAGGAGAAGAUCUGGAUGUGUUUGACCUGAAGAAAUACUCUGCUUCAGAGGAGGCUCUUCUCAGGCUGCUGCCAGUGAUCAAAGCUUCAAACAAAAUUCUAUUGAAGAACUGUAACCUCUCAAAGAGAAGCUCUGAAGUUCUGGCCUCAGUUCUCAGCUCCCAGUCCUCCAAUUUAAGAGAGAUGGACCUGAGUAACAACAAGCUGCAGGAUUCUGGAGUGGAACUGCUGUCUUCUGGACUGAAGAGUCCACACUGCAAACUGGAAACUCUCAGAUUGAAGAACUGUAACCUCUCAGAGAGAAGCUGUGAAGUUCUGGCCUCAGUUCUCAGCUCCCAGUCCUCUAAUCUGAGAGAGAUGGACCUGAGUAACAACAAGCUGCAGGAUUCUGGAGUGGAGCUGCUGUCUUCUGGACUUAAGAGUCCAAACUGCAAACUUGAAACUCUCAGACUUAGAUCCUGUAACCUCUCAGGGAGAACUUGUGAAGUUCUGUCAUCAGUUCUUAGCUCCCAGUCCUGCUGUCUGAGAGAAGUUGACCUGCAGAACAACAACCUACAAGAUUCAGGGGAGAAGUUGCCGUCUGGUUCAGACUGUACACUGGAAAUAUUCAGGGAGCCUGAUGGAGUCCGAUGGUUGAAACCAGCUCUGAGGAAGUAUUCCUGUCAGCUCACAAUCGACACAAACACAGUGAACAGAAACCUCCAACUGUCUGAAGACAACAGGAAGGUGACACGUGUGGAGGAGCUUCAGUCAUAUCCUGAUCAUCCAGACAGAUUUGAUUACUGGUUUCCUCAGCUGCUGUGUAGUGAUGGUCUGACUGGUCGCUGUUACUGGGAGGUCGAGUGGAGAGGAAUAGUUUAUAUUUCAGUGAGUUACAGAAGAAUCAGGAGGAAAGGAUACAGUAAUGACUGUUUGUUUGGAUGGAAUGAUCAGUCCUGGAGUCUGAGAUGCUCUGAUGGUGGUUACUCUGUCUGGCACAAUGACAAAGUUACAUUGAUCUCCUCCUCCAUCUCUAACAGAGUAGCAGUGUAUGUGGACUGUCCUGCUGGCAUUCUGUCCUUCUACAGAGUCUCCUCUGACUCACUGAUCCACCUCCACACCUUCAACACCACAUUCACUGAACCUCUUUAUCCUGGAUUCAGGAUCAGGCCUGAUUCCUCAGUGUUUCUGUGUUGAGUCUAAAGAGUCUCCUCCUGUCAGAGAAACAUUCUCACUGUUGAACAGAUAGUUCAGUCUCUACAUGUCUGUCUCUUUCACUCAGAAACAUUUUCACAUUCAGUCGGUUUCUUUCUGAAACUCUUGGAAAAGAUUCCUUGUAAACUUCGUCCUCUUCCAGUCCUUUAAAGAUGGAAGCUGGGAUUAUUCCAGGAUCCAAAGGUUUGGUUCUGUUUCGAGUCAAAUCUUCAUAUAGGGUUUUUCCUCCAAUGUGCUUCCAGUGCUAUACCAAGACUGCUGCUGGAGUUGGUUCUUUACGUCUCUUCCAGUAAAUGUUUGAUCCUGGCUCUUAAUAUCACCAUCAGAAGAAGUUUUAACAUUUCUAUCUCCAAUCUUUUCUGUCAUGUUUCUUGUUUGUGUCACUAAUGUAGUUUUUCUUCAUCUGAUCUGAACAGUUUUGUACUUUAGUCCCAGAUAAACAGGAUCUGUGGGCUGUGAAGCUCAGGGUUUCUGGAACUGAUUUGUGAUGAAAAAUGAUGACGUGAGUGGAGCUGCUGUUUUAACUGCCCAGGUGGUUGUUCAGUUCCUCACUGUUAGUAUCUGCUAUGUUUUAAUGAGCCAGAUCAGUUCACAAUAUGACUUCUGAUGAGACUGUUCCCAAAAGAAGAAUAAUUCCAGACUAUCUGUGGCUGAACUGCAGAUGAUGGAAAUGUAAAUAUUGGAGAAUAAAACAGUAUUUGCUACCAGU